UUCUGUAAAAAAAAAAAAAAAAAGAGUAUCGCGCAUGCGCGGACUACGUCCAUUGACUCACGUGGAAAGGAAGUAGAAUGUUUUGCAUCCAGGCGGCCCGACUACAGUGUGAAGGUUCCUGCGGACAGUGGGAUCUCGUGUCUUGGCAGAAAUUCUGAAUGGCUUCCUGUCUCAUCUAGACAUCCGCAUUUUCCCUAAGAAUUUAAGAUAUUGGACACUUACAAAAUGACUAUUCAGGGUCCCAUUACAUUCCAGGAUGUUGCUGCGUCCUUUACAGAAAAACAAUGGAUGCAUCUGGAGGACUGGCAGAAGGAGAUUUACAAGACUGUAGUAAAAGAGAUACAUGAAGCUAUAAUAUCCCUGGGUUACACCAUCAUUAAUCCAGAGAUUGUCUUUAACGUUAAGAAAGCAAAUGAAUCCUCUGUUCGUGUAAACAGUCAGUCUGUAGAGAAGAAUACAGGCACCAGAGACCUUCCAGAUAUUUUACUGAGGGUCAAAGAUGAACAUCUAGGAGAAGCCCCUCCUGGUACAGAGAAACAGCAGAAUGUCGCUCAGCCCUCAACAUCCUCUUUGUUAAAUGUUACAGAGCUGGAUGCAACGCGAGAACAGAUGCCCAGCAGUUCCCAACCAAAAAAGGGUAAUGGAUUUCCAAUCAAAAUUGAACAAGAAGCAUACUCAAUUGAUGAGUAUAAUAGUACAGGAGGGGAUAAGGAGCCUUCCCCUUCAAGAGACUACAGCCUUAUCAAGUAUGAAUCUGAGGAGGAAACAGACACAGAGGACGAUUUUCAAGCGGUUAUUGUCAAAGAAGAAGAGGAGUUUGGCCUUGUGAGUGAUGACCACAGUCAGCAGGAAGAGUUAUUAGGACAUCCCAGGCCAGAUUUGUCAGACUGGAAUGAUGGUGAUCAACAGAGUGGUGAAGAUUCCUCAUCUGUAAGUCGCGAAGUGCCUGAUCUUCACAUGGAAACGGGACCAAAGAGGUUUAAGAGUGGUCCUCAAGUUCGUGGAGAUAUUCUGAGCUUACAAGAAAGAGAAGCAAGACGUCUCCGGGUCAUGGAAGGCGGGGUACACAUAUCUCAAACAUCGCCAAGUGUUAUAAUUGAGCGUCGGGAAGUGAAGGAGGAAAAAAACGAAACAAUAGAUUACAGAAGAGACAUAAAAAACACAAAUUGGUGUAAAUGUGGCAACUGCUGCGUCAUGUCUACUGUGGAAGAGUCUAUAUGCUGCCAUGAGAUUUCCGGACUUCACUCAAUGAUCAAUGAUGAGCGUGUGUGUAUUACCAAGCAUCCCGCCUUCCUGGAGUUGUGUCUGGACCGGGAGCGUCUUGAUUUCCUUUAUCGUUUCUUAGCCAGAAUUAAGAGGAAAAAUGACCUUCUGUACUAUGUUCACAAACUAAGGCGGACGUCCUACAGAGCCUUUGUCAUAUGGGCCCAUGGCUUCCUGGACUUUCGCAAGUACAAGGCUGUCCCUGCGUGUGUGGUGAAGCGUGUACAAGAAGUCUUACCAUACCCUGAAGAGUUAAAUGUUGGUUAUAUGAAGAUGUAUGACUAUCCGGCUGCCCUAAUGGCGUUGGAUCAUAUCUGAUGCAGUUGUGUUUGUUUCUUGGACACCUGGUUCGCACUUUUUUUUUAAUACUAGAUAUUUUUGUACUUUUUUAAAUCCUUUUCUUUCAGUUGUACUAACGGUUCCCAGAUUAAUACUCGAGAUCCUCCUAGAAAAGAGGUGGUGGGAGUAACCCUUUCACUGCCGGGAUGGCAUUCACAGUUUUUGUAUUACACAAAUAAAUUGGAAUUGUGAAAACGCGGGCCCGGCACUUUGGUCAUGGGCGCCUUCAUGCAGCUUUCCCUUUAAGAGAUAUUCUGGUAAUAAGUUGUCAACUGGAUAGGUAUAAGUAAUAACUGCUGGAACAGUAGGGAUUCGGACACUGGGACCCCACUAUUAGUCAGAACAAGGGGUCAUGUGUUCUCCGUUUGAAUGGAGCAGUGGUUUAGCAGCCUGUGGAAUGGCUGUAGAUAUCUGAGCGCUGUGCUCGGUCUCCACCCGUCUCAUACACAAGUGGCCUGAAAUGGUGCAGGGGGAUUACAUACAAUGUAUUAGGGAGGUCUUCAGACCCUUUAAAGGGGUACUCCACUGCCACAGCAUCUGGAGCAUUUAGUUCUGAAAGCUGGUGUGCGCUGCGGGUGUUACAUCACUGCCAUACACCCUCGUCAUGUAACCACCACGCCCCCUCGUGAGGCCACACCCCCUCAAUGCAAGUCUACGGGAGGGGGAUCUGGCAGCUGUCACUCUCCCUCCCAUAGAAUUCCAUUGAGAGGGCCUGGUAUGAUGUCAUGAGGGGCGUGGCCAUGACAGCACGACACCCACAUCCAGUGUUCGGAACUAAAUGUUCUGGAUGCUGGGGCAGUGGGGUACCCCCCCCCCCCCUUUUUUUUUUUUUUUUUAUUAUUAUUAUUUUUUUUUUAACGUUUUGUUAUGUUUCUCUUGUGCUAAAAUACAAAUUCUGCACUUAGUACCUCCACAAUGAUAAAGUAAAAAACUGAAGAGUUAGAAGUCUUUGCUAUUUUUAUUGAAAAUGAAUAAUUCAAAUCUUGCAGUGACAUAAGUAUUCAAACCCCUUACUCAGGUGAAGCCCCUUUUGGCAGAGAUUACAGCCUCCAGUCUUUUUUGGGAUGAGACCAUAAGGUUUACAGCCCAUCGGCUGUCCGGCUAUGCUCUGUGUUGUAGUUUCGCAACAGCCGGCGACGCGCUGUUAUGAAAACGUUGCCUUCGAGGCAAAGACGCUCCAUCUCACCCAUACUUUUAGUUGCAUCAAGUAUUCAUGGGUAACACACUAUUACCUCCGUCUCCAGCACUGAAAGGGUUAAUGGUGUUUUCCAGGAGGAUGCAUCGCGGUGCAAUUCUCAUACCCAAAAGUGCUGGAGUUUAUUACAAGGGGAGAGUCCCGUAUAUUGUUGGGAAUGUUGGCUCAAAGGUUCGGUAAUGUCAUUGAGCAGACUGUAGAACUUCUAUCUGAUCAUCAGUUCUCUACAUCGGAGAUCGUAGGCCUUGGAUGGCGUGCGGGGGUUAAAAGUCAGAGUCCACCCUCUGAGGAUAGUGUUAAUGAGUAAUAUUAUACCAUAUAGAUAAAGUUUCACUAGAAAACUAUAGUAAUCUGUCGUGUUUGGUGAUAUUGAGGCUUCAGAGCUGUAAUCUUGUCAAUACAUUCCGCCAGUAUCAAUGGAUCUGAUGACAAUCUGUGGGACUGCACCGUCUCUGCACCAUAGGAAGAAAAGGGGAUCAGAGCAGCUAUAGAUUAAAGGGGUACUCUGUGGAAUUUUUUUUUUUCAAAAUAAACUGGUGCCAGAAAGUUUAACAGCGCUGUAAUUACUUUUAUUAAAAAAUCUUAAUCCUCCCAGUACUUAUCAGCUGCUGCUACAGAGAAAGUUGUGUAGUUCUUUCUAGUCUGACCACAGUGCUCUCUGCUGCCACCUCUGUCCAUGUCAGGAACUGUCCAGAGCAGGGUUUCCCAACCAGGGUGCCUCCAGGUGUUGCAAAACUACAACUCCCAGUAUGCCCGGACAGCCAUUGGCUGUCCGGGCAUGCUGGGAGUUGUAGAUUUUGCAACAGCUGCAGACACCCUGUUUGGGAAACACUGGUGUAGAGAUUUCCCCGAGAUAAUAAAUUCAAAAUGGCGACAGUGGUCACUAAUGUAUGUUGUGCAAUGAGAUGCAGGCCGCCGCAUCAGUGCUUCACGUUCAGUUACGACCCGCCACUCUACUAAUUGUUAUAUCAAAGCUGCCAGGUACAAGUAAUGUAUAAACCAUGAAGAAAGAAUUAGAGUGCGCUGCAUUUGCAGUGUCCCAGUACAAGUACAUUCUUAUUGUCUGAUGAAGGAUCACCUGACUAUCACACUAUGGGGGAGAUUUAUCAAAACCUGUCUAGAGGAAGAGUGGUGCAGUUGCCCAUAGCAACCAAUCAGAUCGCUUCUUUCAUUUUUCCCAGGCCUCCUUAAAAAUGAAAGAAUUGAUCUGAUUGGUUGCUAUGGGCAACGGCACCUCUUUCUCUGCACGGGUUUUGAUAAAUCAAAGUAUUAUACUGUUGUCAAAUUGCACAUUUUCUAUGUUACCAUGUAAUGGCAGAUGGUAAAAUGGGGUUAAAUCCAUUCCCUUACAUGCAUUUACAUUCAUACCUACUAUCUGCUCUCUGCUGCCACCACUGGUGGAAUAGCAUUACUGUACUUAACCUUGUAAUGUCACGGUCACACCCCCUCAAUGUAAGUCUAUGGAAGGGGGCAUGACGGCUUUCACGCCCCCUACCAUAGACUUGCAUUGAGGGGGCGUGGCCGUGAUGUCGCAAGCCGCUGCCAGUCAUCUGGCAUUGAACCAAGUUCGCUCUAUGUACCGGAGGUCUGGGGUUCCGCAGCCAAGAUCGCGGCGGGACCCUCGCGAUCAGACAUAUCUCCUAUGCUUUGGAUAAGAUGUCUAGAGGCGGAGUACCCCUUUUAAAGGGGUAUUCCAGGAAAAAACUAAAUUUUUUUAGAUCAACUGGCUCCAGAAAGUUAAAUAGAUUUGUAAAUUACUUCUAUAAAUAAAAAAUCCUUUCAGUACUUAUCGGCUGCUGAGGUUGAGUUGUUUUGUCUGGCAACAGUACUCUCUGCUGACAUCUCUGCUUGUCUCGGGAACUGCACAGAGUAGAAGAGGUUUGCUAUGGGGAUUUGCUUCUACUCUGGACAGUUCCCAAGACAGGUGUCAUCAAAGAGCACCUAGAGAGAAAAGAACUCAACUUCAGCAGCUCAUAAGUACUGAAAUGAUUAAGAUUUUUUUAACAGAAAUAAUUUAAAAAUCUGUUUAACUUUCAGGAGCCAGUUGAGAUGUGAAAAAUAAAUUUAUUCCUGGAUAACCCCUUUAAGGCUUAUGAUUAAAUGGGGGCCAUGAAACGUGUCAAGCCGUAUUGUUCCUGUCUGAGAUAUAAUGGACUUAAUUAAAUGACAUUUAUUUUUUAAAUUUUUUUUUUAAAUAUUAUUAGUCUACAAAAGGCAUCUGCCCAAAUUCAAUAAAGAAGU